GCCAUGAGAAAUUUCGCCGCCCCAGCAAGCAGCUCAGCGUCGUCGCCCGGUGUCAACCAUGACAUGAUCCACCUCCCGCGCGUGCGUCCCCAUAUAUACAUGCGAGAGCGCACGCGCUCACACCUCCCCUCACCAACCCACAAAUCCCGAGUCCCAACUCAACUAGUUUGGCGAUCAGCUCCCAGUCGAUCAAGCAGCUGUCUAGGGAUCUCACCGGCGGCUUUAGUCGUUAUUAGGGCCUUCUUCGUAAACUUACCCGCCGACAAGGCCGAGACUGGCCGUGGCCGGCCGGCUACAUAUAUACGCCGGAGACUGUCAUGGCUGACGGGCUGCCUCCGGGGUACCGUUUCUACCCGACGGAGGAGGAGCUUAUAUGCUUCUACCUGCGCAACAAGCUCGACGGCAGCCGCGGCGACAUCGAGCGCGUCAUCCCCGUCGUCGACGUCUACUCCGUCGACCCCUUGCAGCUCUCAGAGAUCCACGAGAGGCUGUGCGGCGGCGAGGGGGAGCCGUGGUUCUACUUCUGCGCGCGGCAGGAGCGGGAGGCGCGGGGCGGGCGGCCCAGCCGCACCACGCCGUCGGGGUACUGGAAGGCGGCGGGCACGCCCGGGGUCGUCUACUCCGCCGACCGCCGGCCCAUCGGGCUGAGGAAGACCAUGGUGUUCUACCGCGGCCGCGCGCCGUCCGGGACCAAGACCAAGUGGAAAAUGAACGAGUACAGGGCAUUCCAGCACGAGCACCACGACGACGGCGCCGGCGCACCCACGGCAACCGGGGGUCCCCACGCCGCUGCGCCACCGGUACCGAACCUCCCUCCGCAGCUGAGAAGCGAGUUCAGCUUGUGUCGACUUUACACCAAAUCGGGGACACUGCGGCAGUUCGAUCGACGGCCGGUUGCAGCUGCUGCACGCGGUGACAUUCCUGGGCCAUCCACGGCAGCCACUGCGUCGCCCGGCGACGGUGACGGCUCCGGUGGAUCCAUGCAGCCGCUUGAGGAGGAGCUGAUGGAGGGAGCUGACGGUGAUCCAUACGGAGACGAUAUUGCCACAUUGGCUGCUCUUCUCUACUCGCCUACGGACUAGAUUAUGCAUUCGUUUCGCAGAUCGAAUCUUGAGUAGUUUCGUCUCCAUUGAUAGAUUAUGCUCUAUCUAAAUCUGUAAAACAUAAAAUUCUGGACAAAAAAUGGUCUAUGAAUUUGAGCACUAGCUAGUUUGUACUGUGAAACUGUAACAGGGAAAAGGGGGAGAAGGGAAGUGACUAUUUCUUAGUCGA